AUGUCUCCGGUAAGUGUCAAAUGUGGCCAUUUCUUCUUAAGUCGGGGACCGGAAUUCAUGUUUGCUAGUUAAGCUAACAUCUAGCUGGACUAGCAAAGCUGUAAACGUUAGCUUAAUGAACGACCAUGUAUGUUUGAAUUAUAUGCCCGUCUCUUCGUGUGGCACGCCAGAGUCCGCUCCUUAUUCUUUGUAGACUUUUAUCUCAGAGUGUCCGGCAGGCACAACUUUAACCGGUUUCAUCAGUGAUGUGAUUCGUGGGCCUUCACCUUGGCUUCCUCGUUCUGUACAGUGUUGUUUCCCUGUAAAGCAUUUUUGAACCUUAGCUAUCACUUCAAGGUUUUUAACCUUUGAACCUUAGCUAUCAACAUAAUACAAUAUAAUAACAGUAUACAGUAAUAUAGCGAUUAAAAUUUCAAGUGUUUUCAUUUCACAUGUAAUGAUACUCAGGGUUCCUUGGAAAAUCCUAAAAGGCAUUGAAUCCAUCAAUCGUAAAGUAAGGCCUUAACUGUCAUUAAAUUGUCUUAAAUCAAUCUUUCAAAUGUCUUUUUGUAGAAGGUUGAUUUAUUGGUCGUAACAUUUAUCAGUGAUCCUGCUACAUUUUCUGCUGAUGGCAUUGUUCAAUUCUUGCAGUGCAUUUUUUUUUUUUUUUAACUUUCAUCAGUCCCAAGUCCUUGUGGCUCCCAAUUAGGUCUGCCCAUCCAGUGCAGCAGCUUGAUCCGGGUUGUCAGGUGUUAACCAUGUCUCUGUGAAGACCUUUGUUGUACCUUUGCUUUUGAAGAGGGACAAGGUCCAUCAUGGCGGCUGAGGUAGAGGUGGAGCUGGAGGGAGGCAGUGAGUACCCAGCACAUUACAAAGUCAUGAUGGACAAACUCAAUGAACAACGACAGCUAGACCAGUUCACGGAUAUCACCUUAAUCGUGGAUGGACACCAGUUCAGAGCCCAUAAAGCAGUGUUGGCGGCAUGCAGUCAGUUUUUCCAUAAGUUCUUCCAGGAUUUUACCCAAGAGCCACUAGUGGAAAUUGAAGGAGUGAGUAACACGGCCUUCCGCCAGUUGAUGGAGUUCACUUACACAGCAACACUGGUCAUAGUUGGAGAAGAGGACGCAUUUGAUGUCUGGAAGGCUGCUGAAUAUCUCCAGAUGCAGGAAGCCAUCAAAGCGCUGAGCAAUAAGAUAAAUGAGAAUCCCUCGCUGACAGCAAAGAGCAAAGGCAAAAAGAGGAAGAUUGCUGAGACGUCUAAUGUGAUCACAGAAAGCCUACCUUCAGUGGAAGGGGAACAGGUGGAGAUUGAGGUGAUAGGGGACGGGGCCAUUGAGGUAGAGACUGGACUUGAAGAGGUGGUUGAUGCUGCGAAGAAUGCUCAGGCGGCAUCCGAUGACUCUGCUUUGGCUCUUCUUGCUGAUAUAACCAGCAAGUAUCAGCAAGGGGAACCUACGCUACAGGUCAUUAAGAAGGAAGGAAUAGAGGAGGAGGUGGUGUAUCAGGAGGAAACGGUGACUGCCUCAAAGGUGCUGGAGAACGUGGAGGUCGUAGAGGUCCAGAUUUCCCAAGUGGACAACAUGUUCCGCUGCAACAAGUGCGAUCGCAGCUUCAAGUUGUACUACCACCUCAAACAGCACUUGAAAACACACCUGGGAUUGCUGGAAAAACCCCAUGUGUGCAGCCACUGCGGGAAAGCCUACACGCGGGAGGGCGCCUUGAAGCAGCACAUCAGCACGUUUCACUUUGACGCAGAGGAGCUGUCCCGAAACCAGAAACCCCAGAAGAAAGUGCACGUUUGUGAAUACUGUAAAAAGCACUUCGAUCACUUCGGCCACUUUAAGGAGCACUUGCGGAAGCACACUGGUGAAAAACCUUAUGAGUGUCCAGAUUGCCAUGAGCGGUUCGCAAGGAACAGCACACUGAAGUGCCAUAUGGCAGCCUGUCAGAAUGGGGCCGGAGCCAAGAAAGGACGCAAGAAACUCUAUGAAUGCCAGGUCUGCAGCAGCGUUUUCAACAGCUGGGACCAGUUCAAAGACCAUCUUGUGAGCCACACAGGGGACAAACCCAACCACUGCACAAUGUGUGACAUGUGGUUCACCCACCCAAAAGAACUAAAGGCCCACCUCAAGCAAGUCCAUUCCAUCGAGGACGACAAGCCAACCGAAGAGCUGGUCAUCACAGACUCCGCCGCCACUGCAGCCCUCACCAUUGCAACACAGAGCAUAGAAGGAUCCGAAACGGUGCUGCUGGAUGACGGAAUCCAGGUGGAACAUGUCACAGUGGAGCCUGUGGACGUGAUGGAGAUGGAGGAGACUGCAACAGUUGUGGUGGAGGAUGGAGGGGUGGCGGAGAUGUGUGAGGAGGACGUAGAGAGGUUAAAGCAGGCCGGGGUGCAGAUCCAGGUGGUGCACGUGACCACAACUGAAGUGGACGGGCAGCAGGUGGUGAACUCUCAGGUGGAAGUAGAGAUGGAGGGUGAGAUGGUGAGCGUUGAGGAGGCAGAGCAAGCAGUUGUAUGAGAAUGUGGAAAAGACUGUCUCAAAGGACUUGCAGGACACUUUCAGCCUUGAAUGGCUGCAUUAUUGUGUAGCUGACUUAUUUUCCAUCAAGAACAUUGCAUGUGGGAUUCAGCAUGUCGCCUCAGUAUGUCCUGCUGUCCGCCAUCACAUUGAAAUACAUUGUUUCCACCAUCUCCCGCUGUUUGAACUCUGCGUUGUGGACAGAGUCACAGAUAUUUCAUUUCCUGCUAAUGAUCCUGUAUUUAUUUCAAGGCCAUUUGCCAUCAUAUCACUUAUUCGCAAUGACUCUUCAGUGCUUCAUCAAUCAAUUUUCAUGUUUUGUUUUUUUUUUUUUUUUUUUAUCAUUUCUGUGUCCUUAUUUUACCUCGAAUUUAUAUUAUGGCCUUUUAGAUUGGGUCACUUGCCAAGAAAAUUUGACAGUGAAUGAAAAGUGUUUGUUGCAGCUCAUUAAACAGUUUAUGUCGGG